AUGGCCAUGCAAAGCCAAACAGCAAAUUCGCGAUCGCGCGAGGUGAUUUCAAUCCAUGUCGGACAAGCUGGAGUUCAGAUGGGCAAUGCCUGCUGGGAGCUGUAUUGUUUGGAACAUGGUAUCCAGCCGGAUGGCAUUAUGCCUGAAGACGACUCUCUU